AUGUCGCAGACACAUCUUCUGCGUCCCUUGCGCCGAAAAGACGGGCCUAACAACGGCACCCCGGGAGCAGAACCGCUGUCCGAUCCGCCCGAGGAUUACAAGGCCAGCGUCCUCUGUGGCCUCGACCCUGCAACUAUCAUGGAGUGUGCUUAUCGAGCGCUUUCUUUCUGGACGCAUCAAAAUGCUCAGGAACAAAUGUAUCAACAGCGCAAUUACAGAAGCCUAACGCAGAAGUACCAUCAACUCAAUGCAGAAGCUGAGAGGAACGUUCAUGAAGCUAAUGCUCGAAUCCAAGCUUUGGAGUCGCAGAACAAGGCGAUCGAGGCUGAUCGACAGUCAAUGGACGAAAAAUAUGCCCACCUCCUUGAACAGUAUCGCAAAAAAAGCCAGAAACAAGCGCAGACCCAGAAACUUUAUGAUACUCUCAAGCGAAAAGUCAUGCCGGGACAAGUCGAACAGCUCGCCGAUAACGAUGUGAGGCAGACGUUACAUUCCCUGCCACAAACGGAGAGGAUGCAGUCAAUAGUAGAGCCGGAACAGACUUUUCGUCCACCAGAGCCUCUUCAGAGGGCGCAAAGGUCAAUCCCUAGAUAUGCCCGAGUUCAAGACGGCCUAGAACAGCUUCACCCUCAUCAGAGGUCCGGGAGCAGUGUCUGUGGCAGCGAACAAAGGGGCAUGCUGCCGCCGGAGGGGCUGCGGAUAUCCUGGACUCCAAAACUGGUGGCGACUUCAGGGACGCCCCUGCAACGAACAGCCUUCCCAGCUCAGCCUCGUCUGGGUAUCAACCAAUCCCCUAUAACAGGAACAGUCUCACGUUCUCAGCUUCCAGAUCGCCUCCACGUGCCAGGAUCGUCUCGUCGCCAGCGAAAUCACUCGAGCAAAGUCAUGAACUCGGCCCAGAGCCAGAGGGCAGUUAGAUCAGGCAUGAAGUUCGGUCGAGCAGGAACGUCUGGAUCAAUAGAUUUCGGCACAAGGUUCAAUCCAUAUGAAGCAAACAUCCACCCGCCGAGGCGCAGUUCAGAUCAGGCAGGCUCGGCUGCGCCUUAUUCAGCGGGUUAUGCCUGA